GGAGAACUUGUUCGUGGACUUCCUCGAUGCUAUCUGGAUACCGAGCCUGAAAUCCAUCAUGGGGGAGAAUCAUGAGAGGAAGCUGGCUGCUGUUGCAGCAACCAAGGUGUUAGGCGACCUGAAGUAUCAUCAAAAUCCACAAGCAGCAACAAGAUGGGGGAAAAUGCUCAACAGUGUAAUCACUUUGGUACUAUGUCCUGAAAAAACUGAAGAUGUUGGCGACAGUGAAAACUCUUUGAUCAUCCACAAUGCUAUCAGGAAAGAAGAUCAUGCUGAAGGCAUAAAGGAUCCAAAGGAACAUCUAGUUCAUGCAGUGUCUCAUCUUUCCCGUCUUGAUCAUCCUGGUAUGUUGCAAAGCAUCAUCGCUGAGAACCUCGACCAGCCUAACAAGGUAGCUUGGGAUCAGCUAUGCACUGCUUACAAAGCAAGCUGUGGCUUCUAGAGGGGUCUGUCUUUUCUUUCUUCUUCAGAGAUUAUGGUUGGGUGUUGACAUAAGCAUAGCGAAUUUUUCUUCUGUAUAGUGUAUAUGACUUGUUUAGAAAC